AUGGGCAACCUGAAGCGAAAAGAUGCCCCCGGUGGCCAUCCCCCGUCAAAGUCGGCCAAGAGCUCCAAGGCAGCCCGGCCGUCCAAGAACGAUGCGUCCAGCAAAGAUGCGAAGCCGGCCGCCACCACGGCGCCCAACAAGGCCGCCGAGUCUGACAACAAGCCCCCCAAAGCACCUGUUGUCUCGCUCUUAAGGGAUGAAGAGCCCGUAUUUCCUCGUGGUGGCGGUAGCGUCCUCACGCCCCUGGAGCAGAAGCAGAUCCAGCUCGAGGCAAAGGCGGAUGCCAUGCGCGAGGACGAGCUCGACGUCGGCGGCAAGGCGCAGCAGAAGAAGAAGAGGAGAAUGGCACUGAAGAGCGACAAGAAGGCUCCAGUUUCCAAAGACGGCGACGAUGCCAUCAGGGUGGAGAGUCUCAACUUCAAGAAACUCGUCAAAGGCUCACUCGUCCUCGGCCAAGUCUGUCGGAUCAACAACCUCGACAUCGAGAUUGCCCUUCCUUAUAAUCUUACUGGCUACGUCCCAAUUGUUGCAGUCUCAGACCAGUUGACCGGCAGGCUGCAGAAUGCGGCCGCCGAAAAGGAUGACGGUUCAGAAAACGGCUCCGAUGACGACGAAAGCGACGUCGACCUCAAGUCCAUCUUCGCCAUCGGCCAAUACCUGAGAGUCCACGUCGUCUCUACCCUGGAUGAAUCCGUCGCCGGCAGGGGAAGGCGGAAAAUCGAGCUCUCUCUGCGCCCUGCCGAAGCCAACUCCGGCUUGGGCAAGGACGACGUGACACCUUUCUGCACUGUCAUGGCAUCCGUGGUCAGCCUUGAGGACCGUGGCUGUGUCAUGGACAUGGGCAUUCCUGAUUUGCGAGCUUUCCUCCCCACUAGCGAGAUCGACCCGACCAUCGACCACGAGCGACUCCAGCCCGGCGCCGUCUUCCUCUGCCACGUCGCCGGCAAGCGCUCCAACGGCCGGGUUGCCCAGCUGUCUCUUUUGCAGGAAAAGAUAGGCAGCAUCAGGCACGUCCCCUCGGAGGCGACGACAAUCAGCACCUUUCUACCCGGUACCACCGUCAGUGUCUUGGUCUCCAAUGUCGACAGGAGAGGCCUCGCUGGAAAAGUCAUGGGCCAUCUCGACGUCACGGCAGACCUGGUCCAUUCCGGUGCCGGACCCGACGGGACGGACUUAGAGUCGACAUACAAGAUUGGGACCAAGGUCAAGGCCCGGAUUAUCUGCAACUUCCCAACUGCCAAAGACCCCAAGCUGGGCAUCUCCCUGCUCCCUCACGUUAUGUCUUUGACCAUGAAGCAUCCGGACACGGAUGCUAACAAGCUUCCCACUGCGGUGCUGCCUGUGUCCUCACUCGUCAAGGAAUGCACCGUACGCCACGUGGAGGCCGAGAUUGGGCUCUUUGUCGACACAGGCAUCGCCGGCCUCAGCGGCUUUGUACACAUUUCACGUGUCAAGGAUGGCAAGGUCGACGCCUUGUACGAGUCCAGCGGGCCCUACCAGCUCGGAUCAGUUCACCAAGGUCGCGUCGUUGGCUACAGCGAGCUCGACGGCCUCUUCCACAUCUCUUUCCAGAAGACCAUCUUGGAGCAGCAGUACAUCCGCCUCGAGGACGUGCCCAUCGGGGGAGUGGUUGACUGCGAGAUUGAGAAGCUCGUCAUCAACGAAGAGGGGGUGAGCGGAUUGAUUGUCAAAGUCGCUGACGGAAUAACUGGAUUUGUUCCUGAGCGCCACCUGUCCGAUGUUCGACUGCAGCAUCCCGAAAAGAAGUUCCGCGAAGGCAUGAAGGUGAAGGCCCGGGUUCUCUCCACGAAUCUCUCCAAAAAGCGGAUGCGACUCACUCUCAAGAAGACCCUGGUCAAUUCCGAGGCUCCCGUCAUCAAGACUUACGAUGAAGUCAGUGUCAGCAUGCACGUUCCCGGUACCAUCAUCAAGCUGCAGCAGAACGGCGCCCACAUCCAGUUCUACGGCUCCCUCCGAGGCUUUCUCCCCGUCUCUGAGAUGAGCGAGGCCUACAUUCGUGAACCGUCGGAGCACUUCCGCUUGGGCCAAGUCGUCAGCGUUCAUGUUCUCGACGUUGAUCCCGAGAAGCGAAGGCUGAUACUGUCGUGCAAAGACCCUUCCGCCUUUGGCCUCGACAAGCAGAGCGCGCUGAAGAGCCUGCAGCUGGGCGAUCUCGUAUCGGCUAAGGUCAUCCAGAAAACCGAGGAUCAGGUCUUCGUCGAGCUCGAGGGCAGCCAGCUCAAGGCCAUGCUGCCGGUAGGACAUCUCACAGACAAGUCGGCGUCCAAGAACAUGUUCGCCCUCAAACGCAUCUCCGCAGGGCAGACGCUGUCGGAUCUGAUGGUGAUUGACAAGAACGAAAAUCGGCGAGCCAUCAUCCUCACCCAGAAACCGAGCCUUAUCCAGGCAUCCAAAGAUGGGAAGCUUCUUUCAAACUUUGACGAUGUCAGGAUGGAUGCUGUGUUUCCAUCCUUUGUGAGGAAUAUUACGCCAACGGCCGUCUUUGUCCAGUUCGCUGGAAGUCUGAAUGCUCUCCUGCCCAAGUCCCGUCUGCCCGCCGAGGCUCAGUCCCAGCCAGACUUUGGCAUGCAAAAGUACGACUCGAUUGAGGUCAGGGUGAUAUCCAUUAUCCAAGAUCUGCAGCGCAUCGCCGUCGCUCCUUCCUCGGCUAGCUCUGAAGAAGCGGACAAGUCCAAGGGUGGCAAGUCAGCCGACAAGGGUCCGGCACCGGCGGACGGCUUGACCUCUGGAAGCGUGGCCAGGGCCAGAAUCACAUCAGUCAAGCAGACGCAACUCAACGUGCAGCUUGUCGGCAGCGAGGCGCAGGGGCGAAUCGAUGUGUCUCAAGUCUUUGACAGUUGGGAUGGCAUUGCCGAUGCCAAGAAUCCCCUUGGCGCGUUUCACAAAAAACAGCAGUUGAAAGUCAAGGUCAUUGGCGUUCACAACGCAAAGGACCACCGCUUCCUGCCCAUAUCCCACAGAUCGGCGCACUCGGUCCUCGAACUGACGGCGAAGCCGAGCGAUUUCAAGGUCGAGACACCGAAACCGCUCUCGCUGGACUCGGUCAAGGUCGGCGACUCUUAUGUCGCCUUUGUCAAUAACGUCAGCCCUGGGUGCCUGUGGGUCAACCUGUCGCCGAGCGUGCGCGGCCGCAUCUCGGUCAUGGAGGCUUCGGAUGACUUGUCGCAAGUGAAUGACUUGGAGGCAAACUUCCCGGUGGGGUCCGCUUUGAAAGUCAACGUCAUUUCGGUCGAUGCUGAGAAUAACCGUUUGGAUUUAUCUGCUCGAUCCUCGAGCACUUCUGAAGCAGUCUCUUGGAGCGCGCUAAAGCCCAACAUGAUCCUGCCCGGCAGGGUCACCAAGGUCAACGAGCGGCAAGUCUUGGUCAAACUCAGCGAAAGCGUCUCCGGCCCGGUCCACCUCCCGGACAUGGUCGAUAAAUACGACGAUAUUAACACUCUGAACUACAAGAAGAAUGAUAUUGUUCGAGUCUCAAUCGUCGAGGUCGACGCGAGCAACAAGAGGCUUCGCUUGUCGUUGCGGCCCUCGCGCAUCAUGAGCUCUACUUUACCCGUGGCUGACCACGAAAUCAGCAACUUUUCCCAGAUCUCUGCCGGCGACGUUGUUCGAGGCUUUGUCAAAAACGUCUCUGAUAAGGGCUUGUUCGUUCUUCUAGGAGGGCAGGUCACGGCCUUGGUCAAGAUUACAAACUUGUCUGACAGGUUUUUGAAGGAGUGGAAGGAUCAGUUUCAGGUUGACCAGCUGGUCAAAGGCCGGGUAAUCGCCGUCGAUGCCGCAGCACGCCAGGCCGAGCUGAGCCUCAAGGCCUCGAUGGUCGACGAGGAUUUCGUGCCUCCGACCACCUUUCACGACAUCAAGAAGGGCCAGGUGAUCACGGGCAAGGUGCGCAAAGUCGAAGAUUUUGGGGCGUUUAUCCUGGUCGAUAACUCUGCGAACGUGAGCGGUCUCUGCCACCGCAGUCAGAUGGCCGACAAGGCCGUGAGGGAUGCCACCAAAUUGUACAAGGAGGGUGACGCUGUCAAGGCGCUGGUUCUGGAAGUGGACGCCGGAAAACGAAGAAUCAACUUUGGCCUGAAGCCUUCUCUCUUCGCGGACGAAGACACAGACAUGGACUCUAACAGCUCGGAUGCGGGGGCCCCUCUGCCUGAAGACGACGACAGUGACGAGGAUGCGGACAUGGACGACGAUGCAGAGGAGAGCGACGACGAGGACGGCGAAAGCGACGACGAAAUACAAGCCGCAGCCGACAAGAAAGCCAAUGGUCUUGCCGUCGGCAAGAAGUCGGCUUGGUCGGCUGACCCGUUCAAUGACUCGGGCUCCGAGUCUGACCAAGGCGAGGAAAAGAAGGAGGCUGAGAAGAAGAAGAGAAAGCGGAGAAAGGCCGAGAUUGAGGUCGACAAAACUGCCGAGCUGGACGCCCACGGCCCGCAGACCACAAGCGACUAUGAGCGACUUUUGUUGGGCCAGCCGGAUUCGUCAGAGCUCUGGAUUGCGUACAUGGCCUUCCAGAUGCAAGUCAGUGAGCUGCCCAAGGCGCGCGAGGUGGCGGAGCGUGCAAUCAAGACCAUCAAUAUCAGAGAAGAGACAGAGAAGCUCAACGUCUGGGUGGCAUAUCUCAACCUGGAGGUGACGUACGGCAACAAACGGACGGUAGAGGAGGUAUUUACGCGGGCCUGCCAGUACAAUAACGAACAAGAAGUGCAUGAGCGACUGGCCAGCAUCUACAUUCAGUCCUCGAAGCUCAAGGACGCCGAUGGUCUAUUCGAAGCCAUGCUGAAGAAGUUCGGCGCCAAGUCGCCCCACGUUUGGAUCAACUAUGCCCACUUCCUCCACGCCACGCUGAACGAGCCUGGUCGCGCCAGGGCCCUUUUGCCGCGAGCGACGCAGCAACUUGACAAGCGUCAUCCCCAGAACAUCAUCAGCCGCUUCGCCGCUCUCGAAUUUCGAUCGCCAAACGGCGAGGCAGAACGGGGCAGGACCAUGUUUGAGAGCCUCUUGGCGACGUGGCCGAGGAAGGGCGAUCUCUGGAGCCAACUGCUCGACCUCGAGACUGGUGUCUCUGGGGCAGGGGCGGAGCCGACGGCAGUACGAGACGUGUUUGAACGGAGACUGCGGGUCAAGGGACUCAAGCCUCAACAGGCCGAGAAGUGGUUUAGGAGAUGGGCUGCGUGGGAGGAAACACUGGAUCCCAAGGGCAAGGAAAAGGUGAUGGCCAAGGCGCAAGACUGGGCCGCGGCAUACAAAGCCAAGAAGGAAGGCGAGGCGGCCGCGCAGGAAAAUGCCAUGGAGGAGUGA